GAGAGAGAGAGAGAGGGUGGAUUAUUUGAGACUGUUGCGCCUCUCAACACUAUCUCUAAGGAAAAUUAUGACUUGGUACACUAAAUUAUGCCUAUGACUUGGUGCAUUGGGACUAUACAAUAAUUUACGCUAUCUCUAAACCCUUCUUUUUGACAAUGAGAUGACUUCUAACCUCCUAUCGAUAUCAAGAAACCCCUAUAUAAGGUGAUGAAGGGUGCUUUCUUGUAUGUAUUAAAUAAAAAUUUAGUGAUUUUAUUUUAAUAAAUUAAAGUUAAAAAACGAAAUUGAAACAAUCCCAAAAUUGAACAACAGUCAAUAAAAAUUACUUAGCUCUUUUUACGUAAGGUAUAUAGAUAAUCCAAGUUAUGUUCUGCAUCUCUACGCCACAUAAAGUUGAUCCUAGACAACCGAUAAGCCUGCUUUGUUCUGUUCUUCUUGCAUCCUCAACAAUCUUUAGCUCCAAUUCGGAUUUCUCCUCAGUUCUUUACUUUGAACUUAAAAAAGUAUGAUUUCACUCAAAUUUUGCAAGACCCACCUUUCGCCAUCUCUCCUCAACUCCUCCAAGCUCCAAAAACAAAGAACAGAACAACCCAUUUUUCUUCCAAAGAAAGUAGUCCACAGAAGAAAGCUUACAGUAAGAGGAUGCAGUGGACAAGAACCAGAGAAAAAGAAGACAGAGAGGAAAAGUUUCUUGAGUCUUGAAGAAGCUGGUCUAGUUGAAAUAUCUGGUUUGAGCACUCAUGAGCGCUUUCUGUGCCGUUUAACGAUAUCAUCACUGAACCUUCUGAGAGUUAUCUCAGAGGAAGAAGGGUGUGCAAUUGAGGAGCUAAAUGCUGGGAGGAUAUGUGACUGGUUUGUAAAAGAUAAGCUGAGAAGAGAGCAGAAUAUUGAAUCUGCAGUCCUUCGGUGGGACGAUUCUGAGUUCCAAUUUUGAGCUUUUGUGGUUCUUUUUAUUGUUAAUUAACCCAAAAAAAAAAAAAAAGCAGAAGGGUAUCUUCAUGAAUAUCAGGGAAAUGUGAUUUGUUUGUGAGAUUACAUAACUUCCAAUGAAGUUUUGUUUGUAUUUCUGGAGAAGUUUCAUUUCCAUCCGACAAUAUUUCUCUGCAUUGAUCCUGAAACUUUAUAGAGAUGCCUCUAGAAUUGUUAUGCAAAGCUCAACCUUAUCCCUUUUUCUUUUAGAUAAUGUUCAUAAUUAAUAAAAGUUGUUUAUGAGAUCAUGGAGUUCAA